AGUAAUUUGUUUCUUAACAGGAAAUCCUGACAGGGGAUGGAAUGAUCCACCUAUGUUUAAUUAUUCCCCGAAAACCUCGGGACAUGCGUCACCAAGAGGGACAAAACUCAAUAAGCGUGUAGCUUAUACUGGAGGGGCCGUAAACACAAAUACACCAAGUACAGGUGGAGUGGAUUCAGGAACUCUGCUUAAUGCAGCUAAUGGACCACCCAUCUCACCUGUACAGCUUCUUCCUCCGAUACAAGUGUUGCCCCCAACAACCAACAUUGCCCCAUCAGCCCCGGUGCCCCUCUUGAUCCCUAUGAUGGGUCCGAAUUCUCCCAGCAUACCUAAGGCAGAGUCUGACAACAACUCUUCAGCAUUGGAUGUACAUGGCACAGACACGACUGUUCUUCAAAACUCAAACAUUUCUAGUGAAGAUGAACUUUUUGAAAAAGUCCAACAAAGAAUUGACAACGAAUUUGAAAGAUGUUUACCACGACUGCAGGGACGUGCAGCGGAAGAUGUCAAGAGGAAAUUACAGAUUUUAAAAGAAAAUUGGAAAGAUAAGAAGUUGUCCAAGGAUGUAAGAGGAAGAAUCUGGGACAUACUCCAAGCUUUAGAAAACAAGGACUAUGACACGGCCUGGGAGCGCCACCUAUCGCUAAUGGUGGACUUUACAGCUGAGGUUGGCCAGUGGUUGGUUGCAGUGAAACGAAUUAUUCAUGAGAAUCGUGAAAUGAAGAAGGAGAUGGAAAGUUCUAUAGAACAAAAGACUGAUAAAGAUUCAACUGCUGCAAAUUUAAUUGAUGUGUCUGAUCCAAAAAUAUCCUCCAGUAGUGUUUUAACACAGGACGAAUGCUCAGCUACAGAUGGAGACACAACAGGAUCAUCUGUUGAUGGUUAAUUCACUGCUUCAAGAUACAUAAACAAUAUUUUUUCUUCAACCCUGACAUGAAUUAUUACACAUUUAUGAUAUGGAUACCUCUUGAAACUUCAAAAGUAUGAGACUGAUAGAUUUCGGAAUUGUUUUAGUUUGUGGAAUCUUUUUUUGAAGCUAGAAUUACUAUCAUGGCUCUAAAUCUUCAGUCAUUAUAUUAGACCCUGGAAAGGAUAAUUUUCUAUAUUCCUAACUUGCAUUAUGCAGCAUUCUGUGAUUUUGAAUUUAUAUUUAUAUAUCAGAAAAUGUUGAAUGCAAGUAAUGUAUAUAAAAAAAUAGUAAUUGACAACCCAAGGCACUACAUUUUGCGCAACCGGUUUCGCUGUUUAGAUUAAGAAAAAAGGGACUUCAUGAACUUGAACAAUUUUCAAUAGAGCAAAAUUAUCCGAAGCCAUUGAUUUUAUACGUAUCAAAAAAGCUAUGGCAAUACCAAUCACAGAACGGGAAGGGGGACGAAACUAUGUUGCCUUUAAUCACGACACAUAACCCGAACAAUCCCCAAACCAGCAGAAAAAUUAAAGAAAAAUUGAACAUUUUGGAUCGAUCAGACAAAAUGAAAAAAAUUUGGAAAAACACAAAAUUUAUCACAAGUUAUCGCCAACCAAAAAAUCUGAAGAAAUACCUUACCCAUUCAGCAUUUUCAUCGAAGGUGGCGGAAACGCACACUGUAACUGCAUGCAACAA